ACUAGUUGUAGGGUGGCUAGGACCAAGAACACCAGUGCUAUGGCGGCCAACCAGUGCCACUUCUUACCCACUGAAAACUAACGGGAGUACUUUCGAAACGAAGACAAAACAAGAAUAAUAAGUGGGAAGGUUGUCUGUUGAGAAUGCCGAGCGUGGACAUUCCAGUGAGCCUGUCCGAGGCACUGGAGAUCCGUGGGGCGCCGCUCCAGGAAGCAGAGGUCUGGGGAGUCCUCUGUCAGAGCGGCGAGGCCCUGCAAGACCUCUUCAUCAGAGGCAAGGCCUUCUCUGAGGAAGGCCAUGUUUUCGCUAUCAGCCCAAGCACACUGCUGCUUGGGGCUUCUGGAAGAGUGUCCUUCGCGGAGUCAGAUCCCGUUCGACAAAACAUCAUGUACGUGGCACCUGAACUCAAUGGCAGCAGCUCAGUCUCCGAGGCAUCACUAGAAAAGGUGUAUGUGUUUGCCCUGGGGAGACUGCUCAAGGAGGCAGUGCAGAAUGGCCAGAACAAGGAGGUGAAUAUCAGUAAGGACCUGGAGUCCUUGCUGUCUGCCAUGUGUGAAGACGACGUUCUUCUUCGCAUGUCUCUGGCUCAUGUCCUUGAGGCCUGUACCCUUAACUCGCAACAGCGAGGCAACAAGCUGCCGUACUCCCACUAUAUAACCAGACUGCACCAGUCUGUCCUGGGACCUAACCCAGACAAGAUGGAAGUCAGCAAUGACAGCAGUUAUGGUAGCGAUCAAAGCCGCCAGAGCACUUUGUCACGACGACGCAGAUCGUCGGCCAGACCGCGACAUCGCCACCAACAUGACCACAGUAAUAGGAGCAGGUCAAGGUCAAGAUCUAGGUCAAGGUCUUGUAGUAGGAGUCGAGGAACAAGUGACUCAGGCUAUCAUCCAUAUCGUAGAGAGGGAGGUUCACGACAUCACGAUGAACCAGCCGUGGCCUCACACCACACACCACAGAAUCUCAGUUUCAACAGCCAACAUUUCAACCUCCACAGAGGCUUGGCACCACCAUUACAGUCCAUGUUUGUAGCAUCACCUGAUGAGAACACGCCUCCAGCUGUGACCCAUGCUGGUACCUCAGAACAAACUCUACAGCAGGGCCAGCCUAUUACAUCAACAGUAGGACAGUACCAGCUACCACCUCCUUACCACACUGUGCGGAGCCAGGGAUUCCUCUCUCCUGGAAUGAAGCACUCUGCCUACCAGAAAUACAUGCGUUUAAAAGAGCGUCAGCGGAAGCUCCGUGCUCUGCGACAGGGCAAGUAUGGAGUGGAUGUGAGUCAGGACCUGUCACAGGGCCAUGGUGCAGAAAACAUGUCGGACACUCACUCAACUGUGUCCCUCAUUUCCUGUACAUUAGGGAGUUAUAUGCCAGGAAUCCAUGCCCAGUACGGGUCUGAGGCAGCGCUCCUGAUGACAGACCUCGACCAGGACAGCAUCUUCAGCAGUGACCUCUUCUCUUUAAUGUCCGAAUCUAAAGCAUUCAGGGCUACAGAGGAUUCCCCAGCAAUCAACCACAAGGAACAUUGUAACACAGCAGCUGACACCAACCAACCAAAACUGAACAACCAACAAAAGGAGUUUGUUGGCCCAGAGUUUGCGUACCGUGCUGGCAAACCUAUCACUAAGCUGACCAUGCCACUGCAAGGGGAGAGCUUGAAGAACCCGUCCCUCGCCCGCCGCGUGGUCAUCAUUCACUUGACUGGGCAGAAGUUGGAGUCAAUCGUGGACCCCAGCACCACCGGACGCCAGCUGUUUGAUGCAGUCAUAGCUCACCUCGGCAUUGCAGAGUUCUUCUUCUUUGGUCUGUCCUACGUCAACGAGAGUGAGCACUUCUUCCUGGAGGGGGACACGAAGCUCCACAAGGUGGCGCCAGAAGGAUGGAGGGAUUGGAGGAAAGGCUGUGUCUCCACGGUCACCCUCACACUCCAUCUCAGGGUCAAGUACUAUGUUGAUGCCAUGGCUGAUCUCAGGCACCUGUGCAGCCACCACCUGCUGUACCUGCAGUUGCGCCAUGACGUUCUGGAAGAGCGCACCCACUGCACGGAGGAGCAGGCGGUGUCCCUGGCCGGUUUGGCGCUGCAGGUAGAAGUCGGAGACCAGGACACUUUGGGCAGGAACUACUUUGUGCCCGAGCAGUACUUCCCUGGACGUGUGGCUCGCCGGCUGGGACUCGGUGCAGUCAGGGAGAAGGCGGUUGUGGCACAUAGGCAGAAUACUGGCCUACCCCCAACACAAGCAGAGCUGGAGUACAUCAAGCUGGCCAUGAGUCUUCCAGAGUAUGGGGUGCACUUCCACAAACUGUUCAAGAGCAAGAAUGACACAUCAAAUGUGAUGUACGUGGGUAUGGCCAGCCACAACUUAGUGCUAGCCGAGCUCCAGGGCCAUCAGCGCAUCAUCACCAACCGCCAUGCCUGGAAUAACAUUCUGAAGAUCUCCUUCAACAAGCGCAGGUUCAGCGUCCAGCCCAAGCCAGACAUGGCUGCCAAGGGCAAGCCACCCAAGAUCAACUUCUUCUCAAGCAGCUACAGGAAGGGUCGCUACUUGCUUCAGUUUUCCACAGCACAGCAUCGUUUCCAGAUGAGGAUGAGAACCAGACCCAGUAACAUGGAGACUCUGCGAGGUCCUGACAUGUACCUGGAGGGAAAUGCCCUGAUAGAAGAGAGGGAGGAGGAGAUAGGCGAUACAUCUCUGUCAGCCAGUCAGCAGGGAAGCUCUGUUGGCGACGAUGCCAGUGAGGACAUGAGAGUGCACUUCCCACCAGCCAAGUACAGAAGCCCGCCGCCCUACAGACCUAACCUCAGUUUUAGUUUGAACGACCUCCGAGAUGUGGGACCUCGGGUUGUGCGGCGGGGAUGGCCGUCAGACUUUGCUGCUUCCUCCAUUGAUGUCAGACCCACACCGCAUGACUCGCAUGAUGUAGAGAAACAUAUAGAUAUGAUUCAGCUCCCAUCCUACCCAGGGGCAACUUCAUCCCAAGCAGUUAGUGAACCAGAACUAGAUCAUUCCAUAGUUGAGGCCCGUCUUUCACCUGAAACACAUCAUGGACGACAGAUCUUUGAGGUGUCUCUGCUGAAAGACGGCAGUCAUGGCAUCGGCAUCACCAUCGUGGGCGGGGAGAGCACCAGCAAACUGGACCUGGGGAUCUUUGUCAAGUCUGUGACGGCUGGAGGUCCAGCGAACAAGGCUGGCUGCAUCAGGCCAGGUGACCGUCUCGUGGCUAUCAACGGACAGAGUCUGGAGGGGGUACAGCAUCACCAAGCUGUGCAGAUGAUUCGUGAGUCGGAUGACCUUGUUAGCUUGCUUGUGUCACAGGUCAGGGCACCCACGACACUGCGACGAAAGGUUGUGUCUGUUGAUGCUUUGACACCAGCAUCGUCUGCUGUGCACUCUCUGCCCCAAAGUGGUGAUGUUGGUCAGUCAGAUUCACUUGUAGACCAAGCAGUUUCUCAUUCCUCGUAUGGAGAUCUUAGAAACAUUCCACCUGAAAAACCACCACGACAGAUGAACAGGGAUGUCAAGUUGACAAGCGACAUGCAGCCUACAGUUGGGAUAGCCUGGGACACUGCUGGGUUGUGUGAUGAGUCUGUGUCAGGUGUAAGUGAAACAAUUGCUGCUGACCUGGCAGAGAGCAUUCUGGGUACUGACAGGGAGGAAUCGGGUGUGUUGAUGGUGGACAGCGAUCAGUGGGCAGCCAGGGAGGAGGAGGAACUCAAGGUACUUGGAGACAUUGCAGGCCUCACAAUAAUUGAUGAUUCUUCGUCUGACUCGGACUUCGACACAGCCUUGGAGAAUGCUGUGAAGGGCCGCCUGACUCGGAAACCUUCCCAGAACACCUCUGUCAUCAAAGUCAGCCUGCACAAACAGGGCAGUCAGUCAGGGAUAACCAUCACGGGUGGCAGUGACUCCAAGUUUGAAGAUGGUGCUGUGUAUGUCAUCUCAGUCAAUUCUUCUCUAUCAGAGAAACACAACUCUAUGAUAGUAGGAGACCAGCUGUUGGAGAUCAAUGACUUCGGUGUCCACGGUCGGACGUACGGGCAGGUAGUGGACCUGCUACAUCGGGCACCAUCUGUCUGUCCACUGCUGGUCCGGCGAUUAGCUCCAUCACCCACUGAGCCAGGGAGUCAGCCAAGCAUCACACCAGCUCUGGCCAGCCUUCUGGACGACAUCUCACCAGAUCCAUAUUCAUUUGUUGCCGAGGGGGAGAUCUAUGAGGUGGAGCUGGUGAAGGGUGUGAGUGGGCUAGGCUUCAGCUUCCAGGGCGGGGAGGACCUGCACCCCAACAACCCCACCCUCUGUGUGCCUCGCAUCAAGAAGAUUUUCAUCAUCGGUCCUGCAGCAGAGAGCGGACUCAUCCAUCCCGGGGAUGUCAUCCUUGAAGUCAAUGGCAAACCAAUGAGACAUUUAACAAGAACGGGUAUUAUGCAAGCAAUGAGAUCAAGUAGAUCCGUCAGACUGACGAUGUGUCAUCCGAGACCUGGAGAUUUACCGACCAUGCAAUGCACAGACAGUGAGGACUCCCUUGUCUCUCAGCUGAGGAUGCCAGUCUACUUCGACAAGGAUGGCCACUCCCUCUUUGAGUCCGAGUCAGACUCUGAUGACGAGGGGAACACGCCAAGACCUCGAUAUGCAAGACAAUCAGAGGCAUCGGACAGCGGCUCAGUGUCAACAGUCGAUCAAAACAUGGAACAAAAUGAUCAUAUAGUGGAACAAAUAGAUGACAAUAUGGUACAGGUAGAUAAAAAGGUGGGUGGCAUUUGCCAUCCUGCAUCUGGUUCAGCACAGCUGAGUGGUGUGACAGAACACAGGGAGGAUAUUCAUAGUCAGAAGUUGCUGACUCGACAAAAACAUGUAGCAUCUGACACAGAGACAGGUGAAGGAGAUCAGGAUGUGAAACAGGCCUCCCAAAAUAAACAUGUCAGUGAAAUUGAAGAUGUGGAUAAUGGCUUGGUGUCUGAACAGGAGCAGAUAACCCCUACACAAGAACAGAUAACUCCUACACAAGAACAGAUAACUCCUACACAAGAACAGAUAGGUCCUGCACAGAUGUUGGAAGUGACUCUGUGCAAGCGCCCCGGAGGAGGGCUUGGUUUCACGGUGGCAGGUGGCGCCACCACAACCGGCGGCUGUUACAUCAAGGGUGUUGUACAAGACCCAGCACUUUCCGAUGGCAGACUGAGAGUCGGAGAUAAACUCAUCAGGGUCAACAGUCAGGAUAUGACUGAGAUGAGUCAUUUCGAGGCUGUGACAUAUCUGAGGAAGGCUCCCCAAGUCGUUACUAUAGCGAUCCAACGAGAUGCCAGCAACGAAGACUUCCUCCCGGUACAUGUCAGUAGCAGUCAAGGUGAAGGUCAAGUGGAUACUUCACACAGUAAUGAGCGAAGCACUGCCAAGUCACAGUCAUGCAUCAAUCCUGAGUUGAGCUCAGGAGAGACCCUUGAUGAGAGACAUCAGGAGAGUGCUGAUGUUGCCCCGGAGACAAUGAAACCUGGACAUAGCCAGGAACCGUCAGAGGAUGGCGGUGAUCAUAUGUCACCCUCACAGCAAGACACUGGAGGCACGGAGGAGCCCUCGCAGGACGGGGUUGACGAUACGUCCUGUUUGCUGCGAGACACAGAAGGCAUGGAUGAGUCCUCGCAAGAUGGAGGUGACGAUAUGUCCCCUUCACAGCGACAUGGAGGAGGCACAGAGACAGUGGUGCAACGGGUGGAGCUACAGAAGCCAGCCACUGGUGGUCUGGGGUUCAGUUUGGUGACGGCACAGAAGCACCAGGAGGUGGGGGUGUUUGUCAGGACCAUCUCAGAGGGAGGGGUGGCAGAUGCCGAUGGCAGGCUGCAUGUGGGAGACAGACUGCUGCAGGUGAAUGGGGAAUCUCUGGUAGGAAUGAACCAUGUAAAGGCUGUGAAAAUUCUCAGAAAGGCAAAACCAGGAACUGUUCAAGUGACGAUAUCAAGACCAGGUCCAACCUUCAUUGAUAUCAAGUCAGAUGUGAGUGUUGUGGACAGUGUGGGCAAAGACACCACUGACAAUGACUCUGUCGAUGUGGCCAUCUUUAGGAACGACUCCAUUGACAGCGGUUUCAUGGCCCAUGAUUUACGAACACCAAACUCAGACAUGGGCAACAAUCACAUGUCUGAGAAUUCACAGGAGACAAAUGAUGUCAAUGGACUCUUUGAUGAUAGUAAUUAUAAACUAAUUACAGUUGAUUCUCAUCUGAAUGACAUUCGCAAACUUCCACUGACUGUUCCAAACCUGAUCACAGACGAGUGGCUGAGUUCUCUCCCAUUGAUGUCAAUGGCUGAGGAUGAUGAGGAUGUGAUUCUGGCACUGCUGCAGCAGCUGACAGAUAAGGUGGAGCAGGAGGACCCCCUGGAGGAGUUUAUGAAUCUGCGCCAUUUGCAGCCUACAGAUGAAAGUGAGGAUGCCCGGUUACCAGACAACAGACACAAGAACAGAUACAGAAAUGUCCUGCCCUUUGACUUUAACCGAGUUCACUUGUUAGGAACUGAGGAUUUUAUCAAUGCCAGUCACCUGGAUGUGAAUGUUGGCAUUGACACCCUGCAGUACAUCGCGUGUCAAGGCCCACUGCCCCACACCACUGCUGACUUCUGGAACAUGGUGUGGCAGCAACAGGCAGAUGUUAUUGGCAUGCUCACACUGGACGUGGAGGCCGAGCGGGUCAAAUGUCACCGCUACUGGCCCGAGGCCACCGACAUGCCCCUUAGUGUCUCAGAUAGCCUGACUGUGAGCCUCAAGUCCCAUCAGGUCAUGGACAAUGUUCAUAUCCGCCAUAUUGUCAUACAUGAGUGUGAAUCAAAGAUGAUGAUGAAUGUAGCUCACCUGAACUUUGUGACUUGGCCAGACCACGGGGUUCCGGACACGGCACUGCCCCUCCUGCAGUAUCUCCAGCUGAUGCACCUCUACCAUCACAGCGGUCCCAUACUCCUCCACUGCAGUGCAGGCAUCGGACGCACUGGCUCCCUCAUCACCAUCGACACCACCCUCGCUCACAUAGAGUCCAACUUGAAGUUUGAUAUAUUUAACAUAGUUAGUGAUCUACGCAGACAAAGAUGUGGAAUGAUCCAGACCAAGGAUCAGUAUUUGUUCUGCUACACUGCCUGUAUGGAGGCCUUGCUGAGCCUGACCAACUGACACAGAUACUCAGUAGCCCAGCUCGUGUCAUCACCUGUGAGGGCAGGGAACACUUCGGUCUGACUCCAGUGCUUGGCUGCUUUCCCUGUCAGCUAGCCUACCAACUGAUUCCCCUACUGCCUAGCCUACCAACUGAUUCCCCUACUGCCUAGCCUACCAACUGAUACCCCUAUCAGCUAGCCUACCAACUGAUUCCCCUAUCAGCUAGCCUACCAACUGAUUCCCCUAUCAGCUAGCUUACCAACUGAUUCCCCUAUCAGCUAGCCUACCAACUGAUACCGCUAUCAGCUAGCCUACCAACUGAUUCCCCUACUGCCUAGCCUACAAACUGAUUCCCCUACCAGCUAGCCUACCAACUGAUACCGCUAUCAGCUAGCCUACCAACUGAUUCCCCUACUGCCUAGCCUACAAACUGAUUCCCCUAUCAGCUAGCCUACCAACUGAUACCGCUAUCAGCUAGCCUACCAACUGAUUCCCCUACUGCCUAGCCUACAAACUGAUUCCCCUACCAGCUAGCCUACCAACUGAUUACCAGUGUGAACUGCUCCCCAGUAUGAUCUGAUAGAGGGUUCCAGGUCUACCUUGUUCUCUUAUGUUUGUUUAGAGAUUAAAUAUGGAGUGAGUGAGUGAGUGAGUAUGGUUUUAUGCUGCUUUUAUCAAUAUUCCAGCAAUAUUCCAGCAAUAUCACAGCGCGAGACACCAGAAAUGGGCUCUACACAUUGUACCCAUGUUGGGAACCGAACCCAGGUUUUCGGCGUGACGAGUAAACGCUUUAACCUCCAGGCUACCCGACCACCCCUUAAAUAUGGAGGAUAUGAAUGUAUUAAAUGAGUGGUGGUACAGGGUUUUCUUGUACUAUGCUUCCGGAUAUUACUGACACCUAGAUCAUGUCAGAUAACUCACCAGUGUGAGGAAAUCAAAUAUAUACACUAUCAAAAUGACACUGUGCUGUGUUGUAUACAAAUAGAUACAAUAUCAAUAUUACACAAUAUUGUGUUACAACAAGACAAACCCUAUCAGUAAAUUGUGCAUUGUGUUGUUCAAAUAGUUGUGCUUUUACACAGUUGAGUUGUAUACAAGUAGAUACACUAUAAAUACACACUGUUUUGUGUUCUAUGAGAAUAGAUACAUACUAUCCACUUUACACAAUAUUUUGUCAAUACAUGUAUGAUCAGACCUUUCAUAUUUCUCUGGGAUAAUGCAUGUCAUUAUUAAAUAUUUAUUAUGUUAUUCUAGAUCUUCUAUUUAAUUUGUUUUUUUCCUAUAUUUGCUGUGAUUGAGACAUAAUAAAGUCCAUAACAUAAUGCCAUAAUAUGUUAAUCAGUUGGAUUAUUGGAGUUUUGAGAGUUAGUUCUAAGAUUUGGAUAAUAAUGUUGUUGCAUAGUAUGUGAUGCAAACACCUUCCUUACUUCAGCUUCAGACAGACAUGAUCAUGUUUGAGGAAGGAAGCUUCAGAUGGCGUGAUCUGAAUAGCAGAGAUUCUAUAACACAAGGGCUCAUAUAUGUUGAGCCUCUGCUCAUCGUUAAGGCAGGAAUGACUAUUGGAGAUAGACUGAUCAACGUGAGGUUACCAAGAGUGCUCUCUUGGUUCAGGCAAACUCAGUCCGAAGUUACCAAGCUGUGAGGUCAUUGCAGAGAUUUCCUUUUAGGACAUUUUAUUGAGGGUUUUAUACAUGUUUUAUAAAUGUGAUACUAAAUACAUAUAGCAGUGCUUUCCUGUAUUUAGUAUGAAAAAGGAAAAACCAAAAAUGUAAUGAAUUUGUCGUUUAAUUACUUUUAUUUUUUAAGUUUGCCUCUUAUUUGAGAUGAAUAUGUUGUCAUGAGUUUAAGAGAUUCCCCUUGCAACAUAUUUGCACAAUGCUAGAUUAUUUCUCGGCUUCAAUGGAGUGACUUCAUAUGUACAUUCCUGGUUUGCACAAUUAUACCUUUAUACCAUGAAUUAAGAUAUUUGAAGAAAAAUAAAAAAAAUAAAAAUA